AUGGCAAGUGAUCAGAACGUAGCAGAUCAAAUGAUGACAAACAAUAACCUGACGUUGGGGACAAGCCUCGCUGCUACCACGCAGUCUCCCCCAGCCGUUACAAGGUCGCUGGACCCAGAGUUCGAGGCAGAAGGACCGCCGCCAGGUUUUGAUAACAUCACCACCGUUCCUUCCCAGACUGUGGCUUCACGCCUCUCCUCCGUCCCUGUUAUCACAUCGGCAAGCCCCAGCACCAUCAUACCACAAACUAGCAUGCCUCAAUACUAUCAACCUCUGACUACCAACUCGAUGCCACCGCUAUACUCAGCAGCGCUUACAGCGGCAUUGUCAACACCGCCUCAUCAACCGGUCAUCAUGCCGGCCGGAAUUAUGAACGCUCCCGUCACACCAGGAAACCAAGUAUACUUCCCUAGGUAUUGUUAUGCACCCCCGUAUGGAUAUUUACCCUCAUACGGGGGUUCGGCGUACCCGCUCCAGGGAACCGCGCAGGGUAGCACUCAAUCGCCAUACGCGGCUUACAUGCCGCCUUGGUGGAAUCUUCCAACACCACAACCGGUUUACACCCAGACUCCGCCUACAGCUGAACCUGUUUACGACAGGGGAAACACGGUUAGGCCUCGGGUGUCUCCAAUAGGAAAUUCCAAUCCUAUAGUGGGUACUGCCCCGGGUAUGGACGCCCCACCAAUACAGCCUAUAAACGUGGAAGAAGACGAACUCACCAGGCCGUACAAGCCGAUAGACGCGACUUUCCGGUCUAAAUUCACCCGACGAAUCGCUGAGGCCCCUAUCAAGGAGAAACCCAAGAUGCCCCAAACGGUUGGCAAAUAUGACGGCCUCGCCGACCCGGACGACCAUCUCAACUUAUUCAAAAGAGCCGACGAGUUUAGCCAGCAGCGCAGACACACGAAAGAUAGAAACGAGCUCCUCCACAUCCGUCGGCGAGACAAUGAGACGGUAGAAAACUUUAUCAUCAGGUUUAACAAGGAAAGCCUGGCGAUCCCGGGCGUGACAAAUGAUCUGGCAUGUGGAGCUUUCCUUCAGGGUGUAAAUGAUGACGAGUUACUAAGGACGCUACAUGGAAGGGAUGGCGUACCCCCAACAAUCGAUGAAAUACUGCGAAUAGCCAAAGUGUACGUCAUACAAGAGAAGGCAGUGGCAGCUAGCCAUGCAGCCAAUAGGAAAAAAGAAGCCCUAAAAAACCAGGAGGAAAAGGAUCACCGGGGGUCUAAAGGCAAAAGCAGGGGAGACCGAUACCAGAGAAACGACAAAGAUGCGCGGUACGAUAGACACCGAAACUCCUAUUCAAGAAAUGAGCCAUCGAAACCUCGAUCCGAAUACCCCAACUUGAGCAAGACACCGGCUGAAAUUUUAGCCUCAGAAAACCUCAGGUUUAACCCACCGAAACCACUGAAAGAUAAUCCUAACAAAGAUACGAGUAAGUACUGUGAAUACCACAAAGGGAGCGGUCAUGACACCAACGAUUGUUUUCAGCUUAAAAAACAGAUCGAAUAUUUUGUAAAGGCGGGUAAAUUGGCACACCUAGUAAGAGAUAUCAAGCAGGGCCCACCUGUCGUCAAGGAAGAAAAUGAUAAGGCGGCAGGCAAGAGGCCGCGUGAAUUGAAUAUGGUACACGCGGAUAUGGGAAGGGGAGCAAAACGGAGUUUCUCCACGCUCGAACCCUGGAUGUUGGCAACAAUGACCAUAGAACCUCACAUGGAGGACUUGCAUCUUACCACAGAUGCCCUGAUCAUAUCCGCUGCAGUAGGAGACUACCGCAUGAGGCGAAUCCUGGUUGACACCGGGAGCUCAGAAGACAUUAUCUAUGAGCAUUGUUUCAACAGAAUGCAACCAGAAGAUAGAAAGCUGCUUGAAUCAGUACACGCCCCCAUCAAAGGGUUCACAGGGGAAAAGGUUGACCCUAUUGGUCAGAUCACUUUCCCGGUAACUUUUGGGCAAUCACCUAGAGAAAGAACCAUACUCCUGACCUUCCUCGUGGUCCGAGCUGAGUCAUAUCACAACGUGAUUAUCGGAAGGUUCACCCUGGGAAAAUUGGAUGCUAUAGUCUCCACGGCGCGAGGAUUCAUGAAGUUUCCUACACCGCGGGGUAUUGCAACCGUGUUUCGUGACAAGAUUGGAGAAGUACUAAGUACCAAAAGAUGCCACCAAGGGCCUACCGGAGCUACGGGCCCAGAAAGAUGGGUACUAAGCACACGCCAUCCGGACCAAAUGGUCACAAUCGGGGACACCCUUUCCCCAGAAAUUAGAAACGACCUGAAGCAAUUGUUAAGAAGAAAUGUUGACAUCUUCGCUUUUGAACAUUCUGACAUGACAGGAGUCCCCCGUGAUAAAGCAGAACACAAACUUGCAACGCUCCCAGACGUUAAGCCGGUCGCACAAGGUAAACGUAGCAUGGCCCCGAACCGACGGGCAGCAGUUGUCAAAGAGGUACGAAAAUUAGUAGAAGCUGGAAUCCUCAGGGAAACACAAUACCAUACGUGGGUAUCCAACCCGGUAAUGGUAAAAAAGCCAGAUGGAACGUGGCGAAUGUGCAUUGAUUUCAAAGAUUUAAAUAAGGCGUGCCCUAAAGACGCAUACCCGCUGCCCGAGAUCGACUUAAAGGUCGAUUCCCUGGUACCCUACAGAUUUAAGUGUUUCCUGGACGCGUAUAAAGGGUACCACCAGAUCAAGAUGUCCAAAGAAGAUGAAGAAAAAACGGCGUUUCACACCGAUGUGGGCAUUUUCUGUUACACAAAAAUGCCUUUGGUCUACGGAACGCCGGAGCUACCUAUCAGAGACUCAUGGACAAGGUGUUCGAGACACAAAUCGGACGAAAUUUGGAGGUCUAUGUCGACGACCUUGUAA